GCCAGUCUUGGCGGCCACUGUUGGUGACAAUUAGAAAGUUGUGCAGGGGGCAGGGCGGCUACCUUCUCUGCUGAGUAACCAGUGUCUCCGUGGUGCGGUGCGGUGCGGACACCAGACCCCAUCUGAGCCAGCGGAGCAGCUGGCAGCCGCUCUCCUGCGCCGCUAGGAGCGCACGGUGCCUGGGGAAAGGAAACUGGGCGCUUGGAGACAAGAUCAAGGAGGACCGGAGACAAUCUCCCUGGGGCCACUAGCUCUGGCCAGCUUGCCUGCUGGCAGUCGCUCCCUCAGUCCCUCCAGCGCCAGGGAGCAGUUGGGGUGGCGUGGGCUUUUGUCCUCGUCUUGGCUGGUGGGAACCGUGUGUACAACAGAGGAAGCCUGGUGGGUCUGUCCCCUCUCAGCCCAGCGCCGAUGAGUGCCAGGGCGCCGAAAGAGCUGAGGCUGGCACUGCCGCCUUGUCUCCUCAAUCGGACCUUUGCUUCCCACAACGCUAGUGGAGGCAGCAACGCAGGUGUCCGCAGCUCAGGCGCAGGUGGUGGCACCUGCAUCACGCAGGUGGGACAGCAGCUCUUCCAGUCUUUCUCGUCCACGCUGGUGCUGAUUGUCCUGGUCACUCUCAUCUUCUGCCUCAUCGUGCUGUCCCUCUCCACUUUCCACAUCCACAAGCGUAGGAUGAAGAAGCGGAAGAUGCAGAGGGCUCAGGAGGAAUACGAGAGGGAUCAUUGCAGCGGCAGCCACGGUGGUGGUGGGCUGCCCCGGGCAGGUGUUCAAGCUCCGAUCCAUGGAAAAGAAACCCGGCUGGAGAGACAGCCCCGGGACUCCGCCUUUGGCACUCCCUCCAAUGCCACCUCUUCCUCCUCUUCAACCCCUGGUCUCCUGUGCCAGGGUCCCUGUGCUCCUCCGCCUCCACUGCCAGCCCCCAGUCCACACGGAGCACACGCAGCUUCCUCCUGCUUGGACACAGCUGGCGAGGGCCUUUUGCAAACGGUGGUACUGUCCUGAUUGUCUAGCCCUCUCCUUACCCCUUCCUCGUUUCCAGCAUCUUUGCCAUCCUCGCUUUCGGUCCUCCUUUUUUCCUUUUCCAUUCUCCUCUGACCCCUUUUUCCUCUGCCCUCUUUCCUUACCUGCCCACCCUUUUACUGUUUCUCCUCCGCCGAGGCACUGUGCGGUAUUUGUAAAUAUUGGGCAAGGAAAGUCUCAGAGGAAGAAAUAACGCUGAUAAUACUUUAUUGAUAUUUAUAGUAAUUAUUACACUAUUAUUAACACAGUCCAAAGCAUGACAAAUCACAUAACUUCUCAUUGUUAAUGAUGGCUGCAUCUUCCCUUUCCACCCCGUGUCCCCCUCAGUAAGGAGGAGAAACCGCACAAGCUACCAAAUAUAUAAAAGGUGUUAACACAGGAGGGGAGGGGGCCGGUGAUGUUGUAUAUAGCUGUCAAGUGAAGGUUUAGUCGCCUUUCUGCCCCUCCCCAUGGCCUUCUUUCACAUUUCCUUUAGCUUCUCUCCCCUCCCUUUCCCUCACUUUUAGCUGGGCUCAGGCGUUAGUAUAUAUAGAGGAGACAUCUACAUUAAGCACCAGAGACCACAGAGAAUGUCCCAGAAAAACGUUUAGGACAGGUAACCCCUUUCUAGUCAAUCAUCUCUUCACUUUUUGGUUUCCCUGGGCAGUUUUUGAGUUUACUUUUAGAAAUAUCUCUCGCUGGCCGAGCGGAAAAAAGCAAAACCCACAGUAUCCGCUUUUGCCCCUUCCAUCCUCCUCCGUCCUCCCCACUUGCACACUUGACUGGCGGCAGCUUUCUGUUUUUGUUUUGUUUUAGCCUCAGAGACAUCGGGAGCUGUCCAGCUAUGUCUGGUGCUGAAUAUGUCUCGCCUUCCUGAUUACUUCCUCUGGUUGUGCAGGCCAAAGAAGGAGCUAUUUUGGAAAGUGAUUGUCUUGGUUUCGAUUGGUUUCUUUCUUCUUUUUCUACAAUUGGAUUAGUAUGUACUAUUGUUUUGCUUAUUAUUGAACAAUGCAUAAGUUACCUUUAUGUAAAAAAAAAAAGUAUUAGGUAAUGUGCCGUUCUGGAAAUGCAGUAUCUAACCAACCGAUAUGUUUCUGUUUUAUUUUUAGAACAAGUGCACCUUUGUUAUAUACUUAUUAUAUUGGUACCAAAUACAGAAGAAAACUAUAGUUCUGUGAUAUGUCCUCCGAUCUGUAUAUUCUUGUUCUAACUUUCCAGCUGUUGAUAUAAUGGUUGCCACUGGCUAAGGAAGUCAGUGGUGCAGGCCUGGCUUCUGUUUCCGGAAGUGUUCUUUUGUAUUUUACUCUGUAGUAGACUAUUAUAAAAAAGAUGACACCCACGUUUCCCUUUUUCUUUUGUGAAUAGCAGAAACAGCCACAUCAGAAAACAAACAAUGGGUGCGCAGGAAUGCCAUCUAUUAAAUCAUGGUUAAUAUUUCAACAGUGCCUGUGGUUCUCUGCAUGCAGCUACCACCUGGAGGCAGUGGUGUGUGUGCUUGCUUGUACUGUAUGUGUCUGGGGGAAAGACUGGUGGAGAUGUUGGGCAAUUCGGAUGACAGGACAUUCAAAUUUCCAAGUUAAAUCAGUGAAUGCUUACAGGAUAAAAAAAAAUGUCUACAGCUUGUCUAGUUACAAUUCUGUGCCUGCAUCUGAAAAACAGCAACGGAGGAGGAUCUUUCUUCUUUUCUAAGUCUGGCUUAAUUGGCCUCCCAGAACAAAUAGAGAAUAUUGAGGAAAAAAUAAAGUGAGAGAGAAGAUAAUUCUUUUGUCUUCUUUUCAAACAUCAGGAUAAAUACAUCUAUGCUAGACUCUGCUGUUGGGUGUUUGGCAGGGGUACCCUACACAUAUCCGUCUCCUGAGCCACUAGUUGCCCUCAGUUCUCUGUCUUGUUUCAAGUUGUAUGUGCUUAUUAUCCAGAGAAACUAUGGCCUCUAAUGUUUUUGGUUAUUAUAAACUUUCCCAAGCUCAGUCUGUAUCUUUAUAAGAUAAGUUAUUAAGGUUGAUUUUAGUCACCUAUCAGAUAACAUCCAAGUCCUUUUCUGAAGCACAGGCCAUUAUUUAAGCAUGCCACAUUGUACCAUUAGGAAGACCAGGUCUAAUCUUUGGAUACAAUAUAUUAAACAAGAUUCUCUCCGGUGCCUUAGUCACUUCCUAGUAACAGGUCAGAGUGCAUUCACUCCCUCAGACGACCAAGGAGCCCGUCAGUGGAACUCUAUAUUAGCUACAGUGAGCUCUACAUUGGACAUCAGACUAAGGCACUGUGAAAGAGAAUGUCCAUUAAUCUCUUUAACUUGCCCUAAUCCAACCAUAGCUCUUAACACCUUCUUACAGAAUGGGUCUUGAAUGUGAAAUCCAAAUAGAAUCAGGAACCCAGAAAGAAGGAACGUUCUCAUUUCAAUGAGCUCCACUUAAGUGCACAGAUCUUACUUUCUUCCCAUUAUUUGGUGCACUGUUUAUUUUACAGUAAAUAAUUUCCCAUUUUAUUAAAGCAAUAAGAUAUUCUGUUUUGAGUAGUGCUAGAUGCUGAUUCCACUUCCUUGGUGCUGAAGCGACUCAUGUGUUCCUGCCUUAUGAAUCACAGUGCAUUCAAGGCAUGCAAUAAUAAUCCCCUUCCAAGAAGCAGCCUGUACACCCUAGGGGGCAAUGUCCUAUAUACUUUUCCAAAAGAAAUAGGGGGAGCAAGAAAUAAGCUAAUUAUGUGUAUUUUAAAAAAGUCUUGAUACCUCUAACCAUAAGCACACAUCUGUAAUGUGCUAUUUAUUGUGCAUCUUUAAGUGUUUAUGCCUUUCCCCAUCAAUUGACUAGGGUUUAAUAUUUUGAUAGUGUCCUGUGUAAAGAUGAUGCAGCUUGCUAAUUACAUUUCAUACUGAGUUUAAUAUGCUGUGAACCUGGUGAGGUCACAAGAUUUCUGUGAGCUAGAAUGAGAAUUACAUGUGAUUCUAGUAGACCAGAUCCCACACCAAAUUAUUGCAAUAAGCAUAUAACAAUGCAAAUUUCUAUAGACUCUGUUUAGAUUGCUACUUAAUGAACUCAGCUGGCCCAUAUGACAUUCAAGACUUCAUUUUUAUGAGACAAACGGCAAUAUGGAAAUAGCUAAAUUUACUCUAAGGAUUUUAUUUACUGAUGUCCAGUCAAACUAAUUGCUUCAACCCUCUAUAGCUACAGCUCAACUCCUGCACUUGCUAUUCAGUAUUAAUAAGGUAGCAUGCUUGAUUCUUACUGUUCAAAAAAAAAUGAGAAAAUAAGGGAGAUAAUGCCAAUGUGUCAAUUGUAUGGGACUCUGACUCUUGAAGAUGUAGAUGGAUAUAAUCUGUAGAAUUUAUAUACACCCAUAGAUAUGUAUUUAUAUAUGCAUACAUUUUGUACAAAUUUACAAUGGACUUUUGUAUUCUCUUUUCUGUCAUUAUAAGUAUGAGAUCGAAACCAAAUAGUUGUUCCAUCGUCUGAUCCAGAGAGGAUCUGAGAAGUCAGGUAAAUGCAUGUACUUGUUUCUUUGGGGUCAAAU